AUGGGCUUGGAUCGUGGAAUGGAAGCUGUGGUGACAGCGGCAGCUGUCAACGCGCUGGCAUUUCUUUUCGUUGUUUUCCGGUGUAUAUCCCGAUUUUGGAUAAUACAUCAGGCAGGACCUGAGGACUAUCUGAUUAUAUUUGCCUUGGUACUCUCGUGUGGGACUACAGCCACUAUUGUGCUUCAGAAGGAUAAUGGUCUUGGUCGGCACUCAAACACGGUCAGCGACGAAGAAAACGAGAAUCUGUCCAAACUGCUGUAUGCGAGUAUCAUCAUCUACAACCUAGGGCUCUUCCUAGUGAAGGACUCGAUCCUCUAUCAAUACUUGCGCUUCUUCGUCGACAGGCGCUAUCGCUACGCGGCGUGGUUUCUCAUUGGCUUCAUCUUCGUCGCAGGGAUCACCUUCAUUCUAGUGUCCUGCUUUUCUUGCACGCCUGUCGCUUUUUACUGGGACAAGAGCAUCGAAAAUGGCCGCUGCAUCGACAUAAUGGCUUUCUGGUUCAGCUUCUCCAGUUUCAACAUUGUCACUGAUGUGGCCGUCUGGGUGCUCCCAAUGCCGGUUCUAUGGAAACUGCAACUUCCCCGGAAACAGAAAAUCAGCUUGAUCGCUGUAUUCGCAUUGGGUGGCUUUGGCUGUAUCACUGCCAUCCUCCGCCUUCGAAAACUGUAUGUCGCCAGCAACUCCACCGAUCUGACGUACGACAACGUCGGCGCCGCAACGUGGUCGGCGGCCGAACUGAACGUCGGUAUCAUGUGCGCGUGCAUUCCUGCAAUGCGGCCAAUGAUAAACAUGAUCUUCCCGCGAUUCCUCUCGACCACACGACGCGAUCACAGCUCGAACCCGUAUCCCCAUCGAGCGCCGUAUAUGCGCAACGAGAGCGUCGUCGAGCUCUCCCAGAACAUCAAAGCGCAGAGCCAAAUCAGCAGGGAUGACUCGACCAGCUGGGACAAUGGCCACGAGCCGAAUUCGAUCCGAGUGAAGAACGAGUGGUCCAUCACCGAACGAGAGCGCGUUUAA